AUGCCUCUUGCUGAAUUAGAAUGUCGUUUAUCUUUAGUUGAAGCAUACUUCAAACAACUGUUGUCAAUACAAACAAACAUUGAAGAACUUAAUCCAAAAGACACAGCAAGAAUUGACAUUGAGGAUUUGUGUAUCAAAACAAAAUCAAAAAUUAUAGAGUUGUUAGGUGAUAAUUACAAACGACAAAGUUUUGAUACAUCAAUUGCUGUUCCAUUUGCGAGUCAUAGUAAGCUGCCGAGUCUCGAAUUGCCUAAAUUUGAUGGAAAGUAUUCCACAUACAAAAACUUUAUGUCGUCUUUCAAACAGUUUGUUGAUGACGACUCAUCAUUAUCCAACAUUGAAAAAUUUAAUCAUCUCUUGCAUUGUUUGUCGGGCCAAGCGUUGGAUGCAGUUCGUGCGUUUCAAAUAACUGCGGACAACUAUGAAAAAGCAAUAAAGCGAUUAGAAGAGCGAUAUGACAACAAAACAUUAAUUUUUAUAGAGCACAUUCAAAAUCUUUAUGAUUUGCCAAAUUUGAAUAAAUCAUCUGGAAUGCAAUUGCGAAGUUUGGUGGACAGUGCCUCAGCGAUUUAUGGUUCUCUUAAGUCUUUAGGAACGGCAGAAGACAUAUGUAACGCAUUAAUUAUACAUUUAAUAAGCCAGAAAUCGGACAAGGAUACACAAAUAAAGUGGAGAGAAAAUUUAGAUUAUGCGGAAUUACCAUCAUGGGACAGAUAUUGUAAGUAUCUAGAACGAAGGUACCAGUUCUUAGAAUCUGCAGAAAACUUCCCUUCAUACUCUGGUGCCCACACAGAUUUUCAAAAACGUCAUACACAACGACAACAAAAUUAUCGUUCUGCCUUUUAUACUCAACAAAAAAUGUGUGCUUUAUGCAAAUGUCUGGAUCAUUGGAUAAGUAGUUGUUCAAAGUUUAACGCAAUGAAUAGUGAAAAUCGUUUUGCUACGGUCAAAAAACUAGGCUUGUGCAUAAAUUGCCUGUCAGAAGGUCACAUAGUCUCUAAAUGCUCAUCUAAAAGUAAAUGCAAGGUUUGUAAUAAAUCUCAUCAUACGAUGCUUCAUCGCACAACAACAACACAAAACAGUGAUUCAUCGCCGCCGGUUUUGGAUUCUUCGCCUCCAGCAACUUCGUCUUCGUCAUCUGCCAUCGUAAAUGUUCAUUUGAAAAAAUCAUCUGAUGGAGUAAUUUUAGCUACAGCCGUCAUUCUUGUUCGCGAUGUUCUUGGUGAGUUAAAGUUAUGUCGUGCUCUUCUGGACUCGUGUUCCCAAGUAAAUCUCAUUACAGACAAUUUUGCCAAAGUUUUAAAUUUACCCAAAAGAAAAACAUCAGUAAACAUAAUUGGAGUUGGAUCUACGUCAUCAAAAAUUAAAUUUGAAACUAAAACAGAUAUUCGUUCUCGAUAUAAUAGCAAAGAAUACUCAAUAAACUUUUACAUUACAAAUCGUGUGUCAGGGAUUCAACCAGACAUAGAUCUGGAUAUCAAAAAUUGGAAUUUGCCUUCAAAUAUAGAUUUGGCCGACGAACAAUUUAAUAAAUCGCAAUCAAUCGACAUGUUAAUAGGUGCUGAAGCGUUUUUUGAAAUUCUUGGUACUAAAAAGAUAAAACUUGGUGCUGAUUUACCCUUUUUACAAGAAACUUACUUUGGAUAUGUAGUAUCAGGAAGUUAUAAAACAUUGAAUAAUAGACACAAAUUCCAAUCAUAUACUACAAUACACAAUAAUGAUGAUAAUUUGAAUAAACAGUUGGAAUUAUUUUGGUCCAUGGAGAAUAUAUCACACAAUACAACAAAUUAUAAUGAUGAACAUCAAGCCUGUGAAGCAAAAUUCAUUAAAAGUGUUGAAAUCUUAAGAAAUGGAAGAGUUCAAGUAAUGCUGCCAUUCAAGGACGACCCUCUUACACUUGGUUCUUCGUAUAACACUGCUUUGAAAAGAUUUAAAUACUUACAAAAGCGUUUGUCUCUUAAUUCUAACAUAAAAAAGCAAUAUUUACAAUUCAUGAGAGAAUACGAAGAAUUAGGGCACAUGACACAAAUAGAGCCAAACCUUGAAAAACCCAAUUUUUAUUUACCACAUCAAUAUGUACUCAAACCAUCCAGUGAAAGCACUAAAUUACGUGUAGUGUUUGACGCGUCGUCAAAAACAUCUUCAAUGAAAUCAUUAAACGACAUUUUAUGCAUUGGACCUACAAUUCAAGAUGAAUUGUUUUUGUUGCUUAUUCGCUUUAGACUUUGGAAAUACGCUUUAACAGCUGACAUCGCUAAAAUGUAUAGAAUGGUGCUUAUAAAUCCAUGUCAUCGUCAAUAUCAGCAAAUUUUGUGGAGGUAUCAUGAAGACCAGCCAAUGAGACAACAUCAUUAUUAA